AUGAUUGAAGAGCUUACUUCCAGCAUUCCUGGCUCAGCCUCCUUGGUUUUCUAUUCCUAUGUCUAUCCAUCUCCUACAGAUCUACGCCAAUCUACGUCACUACCUAUGACAAAUUCAAAUAAUGAACGAUCAGCAACUCGCCGAACAGAGAUUCUGUAUUCCUCGGUUUGUCGGCCGCGUUGAUAUUGUUCUCUCUACCUCCAGUCAAAACGCUUGUGCUGUUAUUGACGACUGCAUCUUGCCGUGACGCUUAGUCUGGUACUACGACGUUGUGAUUCAUUCGUUAGCCUCACCUUCCUUUGCUUUCCCCCCUAUGUGCCAUGCUACUACUGCAGAAGGUGAACCCAAGAAGGAAAUAGUUGACUUAUCCCUUUCUCCCAGUCUUGUUCAAAGGCCUCCCAAGACUGGCAGUCUAAAACGUCACUCUUCAUUCGAUUCACUGUCCACUCCCGAGCAUUCCUUUUCUCGCCAUCCAGCCACUUUUUGCUCAAGAUCAAUAGGAAGCACGUCUCCUCCUUCGCUUACUCGCUCACCGCCCUCUCCCCCCCCAUUCUCACUUACUACAUUCUCUCCAAAACCUUCUCCAACGACGAUUAUCUUCACUAUCACCGUUACAGAGCCUCCUGUGACUCAUACCAGGAAUGUAUUAAUAACUGUGCAAGCAACGGCCACCGUGCUGUCUCUCAGUCUCAUAACAGAGACUUUUACGGAGACGAUUGACCGUACGACGAUGUUACCUCCCACCACACACACCGAAACCAAACUGAUCAAUUCCACGGAAAUAGCAACAGCCAUCACCCAAACCGAGACAGUCACAGCAACAACACCAACACCUUCAUCUACCGGUGCCCAUUUCCAGUCAAAAUUCUGACAAUGCGAUGAUUGUUGUUGGAAGUAUCUCUAGUAUCAUGCUAGUAUCACUGGUCCUCAUCACUCUGCUCGUUCUUCUGUGCCUAUGCCUUUAUCGGCGACACAAAACCCGGAGGGCUUCUGACUUCUUGGAAAUCUCACCUUCGUCAAUGAC